AUGGAAACAUACUUUUCUCAUGAAUUUAGUAAAACAACUAGAGAUACAUGUACUUAUAACAAUCGAACAAAAAACAGGCUUAAUUUUACUGCGUAUGAAGGAAUACCAGAAAACUUAAUGGUCAAUGCUUUAGGAUGUGUUUUUUUAGUGUUAUUUUUCUCAUUUAUGAGAAAAAAAGCAUGGAGUUAUAGUCAAUUAGAACAAGCCAACCACGAUCAUGAAAAAUGGGCUCGAAUUUUUUACGGCAGUUCCUCUGAAAGAUCAGAGUAUUUAGAAGAUGGCACUUCUACUACACUUGAGAGAAAUCACACACCAUUCGAUAGUAGAAUUUUUGCUUGGUUUGGUUGGUUUUUAACAAUUAUGUAUCUCGAGGACAAGAAAAUCUUACAGAAAUGUGGUUACGACGCAGUGCAAUAUCUUUCAUUUCAAUGUCACAUAAUUGUUUUAAUGGGUAUUAUAACUGUGGUGUCGUUAGCAAUCGUAUUGCCUAUAAAUUUUGCUGGUGAUUUGGAAGGCAACGAGAGCUCCUUCGGACACACUACAGUCAGUAAUCUUCAUCCGAAUUCUCCGUGGCUGUGGGUACACGUGAGUAUUGCAAUGCUAUAUCUUCCAUUGACUAUAUUCAUUAUGAGGAGGUUUUCUGCUAAGCUAAAAUUGGAAAACAACGAACACCAUUGGUCUCGUACACUAAUGAUCACUAAUAUUCCAAGAAACGAUUCAGACAUGUAUGAUUUAGCUCAACAUUUUAAAGAAGCAUACCCAGAAUUUGAAGUUGAGAGUAUUAAAUUGGCUUACGACGUUAACAAAGCAAACGAAUUACAACGGUUUAGGAAUGCUGCUAGUCAAGCCAAACAGUACUGCGAUUAUCAUUUAAAAACAGUGGGUGAGCGUUUGAUGAUUCAGCCACACAUUUGUGGCUACAUAUUUAUUUGUUGUGGACUUCGCACUUCUCACAAUUUGGAUGCUCUUGAAUAUUAUUCUCAAGAAGAAAGUCGUUUGGACGCUGAGUUAGAAGAAGAAAAACAAUCUGCUCUUAAACGUCCUAUGGGUAUAGCAUUUGUUACGAUGACCACAUUACGUUCAGCCCGAAAGAUUUAUCAAGAUCAUGUAAAUAAAAUUACUAUAUUCGAACGUCCUAGGCCACCGACCAGCUCUGUCUCAGACCUUCUUCAGCCGCACAAAUGGGUCGUCAAGUUUGCUCCAUCGCCAGACGAUAUUAUUUGGGAAAAUCUAACUGAAACCUAUCACAAUCGUUAUUGUAAAAUCAUAUUGACGAAUGCGUUCUUGUUGGGAACUUUAUUCUUUCUGACCACUCCUGUGAUUAUACUGAACCUUUUGGACUCACUGAUACUCAGAGAAUUUCAAAAACAUACCCCAAUUCUAUCAGAGUUCAUGCCAACGUUGUUGCUUUUGACCGUCACUGCACUUUUGCCCGCUUUGGUCAUACGAUCUGACGAUUGGCUUAGACAUUGGACAAGAUCCAAAAGGAACCAUUCAAUAAUGCGCAAAACGUUUGUGUUUCUUUUGUUUAUGGGUUUAAUCUUACCGUCUUUGGGAUUAACAAGUGCUCAUGCAUUAUUAGAGUUAGCACUUCAAACUGGAAUGGAAACGUACCGUUGGCGGUGUGUGUUUAUGCCCGAUAAAGGUGCGUUUUUUGUCAAUUAUGUCAUCACUUCAGCUUUAAUAGGAACGAGCUUGGAACUCAUACGUUUUCCAGAACUGUUUAUGUACGGUCUUCGACUAUCCACUGCAAGGUCAAAAGCGGAAUCGCACAGUGCUAGAAAGUUAGUUCUUUCUGAAUUUUCUUUUGGCGUACAAUACGCUUGGAUGUUGCUGAUAUUUACCAUUGUAACAGUGUAUAGCGUUUCGUGCCCACUUAUCACACCGUUCGGUCUUAUGUACAUGGUGACCAAACACUUUGUCGAUCGUUACAACAUUUACUAUGCGUUUGGAAAAUCGAAAAUCAGUAAAAAUAUACACCGUACGGCCAUCAAUUGUGUAAUGGUGGCCAUAGUGCUGUUGCAAGUUAGUUUUACAUCGUUGUCGAUGCUUCGUUACGGGCUGCAUGACAUCACGUGGUUCGCGUUGAUCGGUCUGAUCAUUACACUGGCGUUUACACUGUCCCAAUGUUUCUACAAUCACUGUUCCUCGUGGAGUCCUAUACGUUACCAGGUUAGACUUCCACAUAGAGAUCAAGCUAAUCAGUCCACACUUAGCCAUAUCGCACAUGCGGUAGAGUACAUUCCCGAAGUGCUGCGACAAACUUUACUAACUACCGUGGCCAACAUAAGUACACUGCCGUUGACUCCAAACGAUUCUAGUAGCACGUUAGAAGAUUUGGAAAUUGAGAUUAAGAACACCGUACGCCAUCAUCAAUGUUUUUCGAACGGUCAGUCACAAAGUUAUGUGUCAGUUUAG